UUUGUGCGAAAGAACACCGCCGCAGCGACUUUAUUGGCGGCUCCAGCAUUUAACGCGUCAGAUCAACGCUGUCGGUAAAUAAUGGAAACGCGCGUGCACGACGACAAACGUGCACGAGCCGACUAGCGCCUGGACAGCGCAUCAAACGCGCGCCCCCCGCUAACAACCGCGACUGAGAGAGCAAGCCGAGAGCCGCCUCGGCGCUGGCGGAGUGAAGUCCCGGGACGGGGAUGCGCAGAAGAUGCAGCCUCCGUGACGUCGCGCUACCGCCGCCGCCGCCGCUGCUCUCUCAGGGAUCUCUCCCUCACAGCGCCGCGCAAUUUGCAUUUUCUUCUUGUUCCACAGCAGCGGCUCUCCGCACACAAUAAUGUGAGUGAGUGAACGCCGCGCCGCACCAAGAGCCUUCCGUUAGUCACCAAAAGCAGCGCCAAUCGCCACCGGGAGCCAGCAUGUCGGAGGUGCUGCCCUACGGCGAGGAGAAGAUCGACUACGGGGACGAGGGUGAGGGCGAGGGCGAUGGUGAUCAGAUCUCCUUCACCUGCCGCCUGCAGGACACCAACAACUUCUUCGGCGCGGGCCAGGGCAAGAGGCCCCCGAAGCUGGGCCAGAUCGGGAGGAGCAAGAGAGUUGUCAUUGAAGAUGACAGAAUUGAUGACGUGCUGAAAAAUAUGUCUGAAAAAGCACCUUCAGGUGUUUAAAACAAAAAAAAAACAAACAAAAAAAAGAUCCUAACCCCUUCUCCACUCCUCCAAACAAAAAAAAAGAGAGAACUUUUUUUCAGGAUUUUGGGCAUAACAAGUCAAAAAAAAAAAAACUGUCAGUCCUUCCCAAAAUGGGAUGAGAUCCUGGUUCCGUCUUCAGUUUAUGGCUUGCAUGAGGGUCAACCCGAGGAGUAAUAGUUUGCGGAUGAUGAUGGUAGGAUGGUGGUGGUGGUGGCGGUGGGGGAGUGAGGUUGUCUAGUGGUCACAAAUGUCCAAGAACUGCUGAAUCUGCGUUGUACAGUUGAAACCUUGGAGUCACAGAAGCACACCGUUGUAACUCCGACUUUGUAUUGGCUGUUCUGGAUGAGCACUUUGUUUACAAUCUUCUCUUUGCAAAAUGAUUUGUGCACUUUGGAUGUAAACGUUGUUGAGUUUGAUGUUAACAUUCUACAGCUAUAUACAAGUAUUAUUAUAAUAAUGGUCAUUCGUUUUUUUGGGGUGGGGUUUGGGAAUAUUUUUGCAGUGUUUUAAAAGGACAAUGCAAUGAGUUUUAUAUAUUAGAGCGACCACUGAAGGUAUUAACCUUUUUAAAAAAUUAUUCUUAAUUGAUGUUGCUCGGUUUCUUUUGUUGCUUCAAGCAACCUGCUUGCUCAGAUUCCAAAUGGGAAUAAAGAAAAAAAAAAAAAAAAGCUUCUUUUCUAUAUUUCUAAUGAUGACGUACUUCAUGUCUUGUCAGUGUUCUAGCAAGUUGACUCUUGAAGCCGUUGUGUUGUCUGGAGCCUUACCACACCGUGCCAAAUGCCGCAGAAGACACCAGUGCAGCCGCCUGGUUCCCUCUGCUCUCUUUUAAGUGUAAAGUGAUGCUCGUUUGGCCGACGUUUAUGUUAAUAGGGCUCUUUAUUAAUAGUGACAAUAUCCUGCUUUUGCAUGAAAUGUGCAAACAAAAGCUAAAUUAAGUAAAACCCUCAGUGUAAGGGACUUGUAUACUACUCUACAUAUUGUUUGCAACCUUGAAUGACAGACCUCAGAUUUUUUUUUUGGAUUGAAUAUUGUAUAUGUUGCACCUCUCUAUACACUAAACAGGGCUAUUUCUGUAAAGUACAAUAAAGUUGAAAUCCUU